AUGGUCUGUAAAAAGUGCGAAAAGAAGCUAACGACAUUGGCGGCACCUGACAAGUGGAAGGAAGGAUCCAAGAAUGCCGUAGCUGGAUCCUCAGGCAGAAAGUUGAAUCAAAACAAGCUUUUAUCCAGAUCAGCGAAAAUAAAAUUUGAUCCACUGGAUGUACGCAAAUGCAGAUUAUGUAAAACCAAAGUCCAUCAGGACAAAGCACAUUAUUGCCAAGAUUGUGCAUACAAAAAGGGGAUUUGCGCCAUGUGCGGAAAGCAGGUUCUUGAUACAAGUGCUUACAAGCAAAGCUCUAAAUAG